UCUCCUUGAGCUGUUCAUCUGCAUCUUCUCUGUGAUGGAUGAGAGGAGGAAUGGAUGUAAGGGCUCUGCUGUCAUGUCCAUUGGCUUCUGUCACCAUGGCACACCUCAUGAGAAUCUUCUACACUGGAGCUGAAAUGAAGCUUGCCAGAUCCUUCACGCUUGCUAUGUUCAAGGGGAACUUCAUGAACCACUGGGUGUACUGGGUGGGUUCCAUGAUCUGUGGUGCUAUGGGCGCCGUCAUGUGCCGAGAGGGUAGCCACCCUGAAAGGCAGCCGGCCUCUGGAGCAGGACACCGGUGGGGAGCCCAUCAAACUCAAGACCCAGGCCCUAUACCGUAACCCUGCCACCAA